CUCUAUCUCUAUCUCUAUCUCGCACACAUCUUCGAGUAUCGAAGUACGUACCGGGAGAAAGAGAGGGUGAGUUGGUGAGCGAGGUGACACGAGCGGAGAGACGAAGGUCUGGGGAGUGCGCGUGUGCGGGGGGACUCGGGUGUGCUGGUGCGCGGAAAAUGGCAGAGCAGUUGGGCACCGCCGCCGAGGAAGGGCGAGCGCCCAGGAACGCGACGAUUCUUGGCCGACAAGGAGGAGGACGUGCCCGUGUCGCUUGAUUAGGACGAGGUUGGCCCGACCGAGGAAAAGGGAGCGCGCGAGGGAGAGAGAGAGGAAGCGGUGCGCGCGCGUGUCGACCAGUGUCGAACGUGCGCGGCGGGCUCGAGGACGAAGGGCGAGUGGAGGAGCCGGCAGGAGGCCGAGGGACGUCUUCGCCUCGGAGGCUGGCAGAGGGCAGCGGGCAGCGGUCGCGGUGCCUGGUCCGAGCGACGAAACAUGGCAUCCGAAAGAAUGGAGUGGGUGGAGAUCAUCGAGCCGAGGACAAAGGAGCACAUGUAUGCCAACCUGACGACUGGCGAGUGCGUCUGGGACCCGCCACCCGGUGUACCUGUAAAGAAAACUGAUAACAAUCAGUGGUGGGAAUUGUUCGACCAGAGCACAUCUCGCUUUUACUACUACAAUGCAACGUCCCAGAAGACUGUGUGGCAUCGACCCACCGACUGUGAUAUUAUUCCACUAGCUAAAUUACAAACGCUGAAGCAAAAUACGGAACCGGCCAGCACUGGCGGAGGGAUGGAUAGCCUGAAGUGUGGCGAGCCCAAAAGAAAGGAGACCGUGUCGACGCAGACUCAAACUCCUACGGUUGGUCGCUCAGGGCGCUUUAAUCGCCAAGAUAAUCCUAGUCUAGCUAUUACUUUGCAAAUCGGAGCAUGUAAGCCGCACAGUCCAGGAACGGUUGCUGAUUUGCAGACCUCGCCGCCGUCCCCGAGUCCCUCGGCUCGUCGUCAUCACCACCACCACCACCACCACCAUCACCACAGUAACAACAACAAUAACAACAACAACAAUAAUAACAACAGGCACCACCACAGGCACAACGAGCAGCAGCAGGUGCAUCAUCAUCAGCAGCAACAGCCCCAGGCGCUCCAACAGCCACCGACCCGCCGACAUCACAACCAUUCUCAGGACUCGGGUCGCUCGAGCGAUAGUUCCGUAUCCCAUAGUCGCACCUCUUUGGAAUCCGGAAGCUACCGACUUCUGGAUUCGCCCCACCGUCACCAUCACCGUUCGCCCAACCAGCCGCCUCCUCCGCCAAUCAUUUCUCAACAGCAACACCAGCAAUACCAACAGCAUCAACAACAUCAGCAGCAUCAGCAGCAUCAACAUAAUCAACAACACCAACAACACCCACAACAACCACCGCCACCCCAGAGGCAGCACUCGAUCGCUGGAGCUGGAGGUACAAUGGAAGUGAGGUGUCACAACAAAAGCGGCACCCUCGAGACCGCCAAGAAUCAAAAGAGUCUCUCCACCAGUGAUACACCCCCAUCCUUAGGUCUGUCCAUGUCCACGAGCACGCCACUUUUCAAGAAGAAGACCUUCAUCGAGCCCCAAAGAGAUGCCAAGCGAGACGUCAAUCUCGACUUUGAAAAGAGUAAGAAUGGUCGCGACAAUAGAGGCGCCUAUGGUCAGCAGGAGCCCAGUUGCACAUCCCCAUACCGCGAGCCCAUCAAUAGCUUCCGACCGCAGGAGGCACCGAGCCACCGAUCCACUGAUGCCCAACAGCAGCAACAGCAGCAGCACAAUUACAGCUACAAAGCCCAGGGCGACAAGUACCGCUCCUUGCUGGAGCCCUCGGGGCCCAUCCGCUACCAGCGCGAGCGUGUUAACAGUCUCGACAAGUCCAGUCCCGCCUACUACGGAGGCGCGAGUCACGCUCGCGGGGUUGCGGCGUCGAAGCAGCCGAGUGCUGAAGGCACCGGGAGUAUUGGAAGACGACACCAUGGUUGUGCAGUCUCCAUCUCCGAGGCCAACGUACGCGAGAUGUACGGCGCGAUAAAGGGGGAGCGCAACGAGCCGACCAAGGCCCUCGCGCCCAGGGCCCCGCCGGCGGUCCAGCCUUCCAUCGCCGCCAAGCAGCGGAGCUUCGAUGUCGCGCAGGAUAGGGAGGUCUCUAGACCGGAACGGGACAAGGACUUCAGACGGCCGACACCUUGCAAUAAUUCCACGGACAAUAUUCCACAACCGAUGGCUCGCAGCUACAGUUUCGUGCAGCAGCAAAAGCAGCAGCAGAAGAUGAAUAAGCAGGUGUCGCGACACCGCGACCGGGACGACGACUCGAUGCACGAGCGUUACCUUAUGGCUCAAGGUCUCGAUCAGUCGCAACGGCGACUCAGCAGUAAUAGCAGCAGUAGUGCCAGCGCCAGCAGCAACAGCAACGGAAGUGGCAGCGGCAGCAGCGGUAGCAACAGCGCCGACGAAGCCGAUGAUAUCGACGAGCUCAGCGGCAUUGACGAAGGAAAAAAGAAGCGCAGAAACGGCAACGCGAGCCCGCCCACUUCACCCUUCUACGGCAAUCUCCUCGUCGAUGCCGAUCACCUACUACCCCUUCAACACUAUAUACUUCAGCAAGCAAAGCUCUCCGGUUGUUAUAAAUUUGGCGAUCCACUAAUGGUUGAGGAGGAAGGGGAUGACUCUUUAGACGAGGAAGGAGGAAGAGGCACCGAAUUACGGGGAAGAGGCGAGGAUGACUCCGAUGAUCAAUUUGCCGAUGAUGAGGCAGCCAGUAAUCAAGGAGAUUCGUCGAGUCAAGAAUACCUUGAAGAUCAUUAUGCAGACUUAGGCAACUACGAUACGGCAGGCUUAGCUACUUACUACAAUACAGCGGAUACUCUUAGCAGGCCACAAGCAACGCCGCCACCCCCUCCAAACAUCGUAUCUCAGGCAGAGGCGCGUGAAAGCAUCAUAGCCGCGAGACCGAUAUCCUUACCGGCUCCAACAGUGAUAACGGGUGGCCUCGGUAAUACUUGCCUCGACACGACGGACUACGACGAGGCACGUAAGGACAAUGGUGGAGGUGGCGGCGGUGGCGGUGGCGGCGGGGGCGACAUCGAAAAGUACGCCCAAGACAAUCUUAACUUGAAUUGUGGCAGACCGAAGGGAUUGAGGCUACUCUUCCGGAAAAAGUUCAGCGUGAGGGAUAUACUAAGCUGGAGUAAGGAUCCUAUACCUCAGCCGAUGCUCGUCGUCAUCGACGGAGAAAAGCUAUUGAAACGCGAGGCCUGCAAUCUAUUCCGGCUCGUUCAGGUUUAUAUGGGCGAUCGGAAGGCGAAUGUGGGCAUGACACUGGAUGGCGUGGCAAUGGAAAUUAUAAAUAUCGCGUACUCGAAGCCACCGCUGCGUGACGAGCUUUAUGUCCAGAUCUGUCGACAAACGACGGAGAAUCCGCGCAAGGAGAGCCUCCGUCGUGGAUGGGAGCUUAUGGCCGUUUGCCUGGCAUUCGUGCCGCCGAGCGCAACUUUCGAGCCGUAUCUCGAGGGAUACAUGAAUAGACACCGUGACCCGAACUUCCAGUUCCCUGAGGUCGCCAAGUGGCCGAUACACGUACAAGUCAGUCAUUAUGCGACGGUAGCUUGCAGGAGGCUGCAGAGGAUCGGCGCCCACGGGAAGAGACAGCCGAGGAAGGCGACCGCCGAGGACGUCGACCAAGCAAGGCUCCAAAUUUUCCGUGCAUCUAUGUUCGGGGCGACGCUGUCCGAGGUAAUGGCCUUGCAGCGUGACCGUUUCCCGCAGCGGGAGCUGCCCUGGAUCCAAACGACUCUGACACGGCAGGUGCUGAUACGAGGCGGUACGAUGACCGAGGGCAUAUUCCGCGUCUCGGCGGACGCCGACGAGGUCAACGUCCUCAAGGCCCGGCUCGACAAGUUCGAGGACGGCGCAAUCCUGGCCGCGUCCCAAGACGCCCACGCCCCAGCCUCGCUACUAAAGCUCUGGGUGCGCGAACUGUACGAGCCCCUGAUACCGGACUCCUUCUACGCGGAGUGCGUCAACAUGAGGCACGAUGACGCCGAUAUAUCCGCGGCUGGCGUUGCCGCUCUAGUUCAGCGACUACCCGAACUCAAUCGACGAGUGCUUUGCCAUCUCAUUCAUUUUUUGCAGAUAUUUGCCAGACCAGAUGUCGUCACGCGGACGAAAAUGGAUGCCAGUAAUCUUGCGAUGGUAAUGGCUCCAAAUAUUUUGAGAUGCACCUCGCAAGAUCCCAGAGUCAUUCUAGAAAAUGCCCGAAAAGAAAUGGCCUUCGUUCGCACGAUGAUCGAGACCCUGGAGACGGCUUGGGUAGAGGAUUUGCACUGAUCUAUGCGCGUCAGAUCUAGAUAAAAAUUCUAAAUUGUUAUGCCAAAUGAUGUCCAUUGUAUAUUCGAUGUAUUUUCAUUUAUUAAUUACCAUUGUAAUUAUGGUUUUUGUCGCUGUUUUGCGGCUUAAGAAUAAAGCACUUUAUUCCCCCUUUUUUUAAUUGUAAGGGCGAAAGUUUUUAUUGUAAUUACGAUGAGGAGGAAACGAGAAAGUAGUAUCAGCUUCAAAUUCAAGCACUGUACAGAUCUUUUAA